AUGGCUGCGGUGAUAAAUGCUCGACCAAGUUCAUCUACGCAAAGUAGUAUGGGAACUGGGAAGCCGGUAUUGCUGCAUAAAAUCGAGGGACAUAUAUCACGCGUAAAUGGAGUUCACUUAUUAAGCACUGAAGAAGGGGCUCUGACAAUUAGUGAUGAUCGAACUUUGCGCAUCUAUCUCAAGCGUGAUAACGGUCAAUUUUGGCCAUCUAUCCAUCAUUUCCUGGCAUUUACAGCAACUUCGAUGUAUUUUGAAGAGGACAGGCAUAAGUUGUUUGUUGGUCUUAUCAAUGGAAGUGUUUAUGAAUACAAAAUAGCAGAUGACAUGAAUAGUUUAUCAGAGCAACGUCACUGGAUGGCACAUUUAAGUAUUGUUACCGCUGUGUUAUAUUCACUGGGGACCGCUUUAAUUUUCAGUUGCAGUAAAGACAAAACUGUUGUUUGGCAUUGUUCAGAAACAUCUGUAAAAAUGGGUUCGUAUACAGGAGAGUCGGGCUUUACUGCUCUAGAAUUCGAUAUGCCUUCGAAAUUCAUUUUUUUAGGGAAUACUGACGGCAGUGUUAUUUUGUUGCGUUUAAAUGACUCAGAAGCAAGUCUCGUUACCAAAAUAUCUGCCCAUACAAAUGCCGUAACAUCACUGGCUUGGGAUUCAGAACGUCAACUGUUAUUCUCAGGAGCAUCUGAUCACCUUGUUAUUAUGUGGGAUAUUGGUGGGAAGAAAGGGCAGGCAUUUGAGCUAAAUGCUCACAACAAUAAGUUGACAUGUUUGCAAUACGCGCAGCGUGGGAAAAGACUUUUUUCGGCAGAUGAAAACGGGACUUUAGUUUGUUGGGAUAUGAUAGCGAAACGUUUAGAAACACCGGAAUGGAAAAAAAGUGAUAAUUGCCAGUUAUGCGAUUCACCAUUUUUCUGGAACAUACGGGAAAUGUGGGAAAAGAAAGUGGUAGGGUUGCGUCAGCAUCAUUGUCGUACAUGUGGGAACGCUGUAUGUGGAAACUGUUGUAACUAUACUACGAAAUAUCCCCCAAUGGGCUACGAAUUACCGGUCAGAAUAUGCAACGCUUGUUAUUCACGAAUGCAGCAGUUCCCUGACCAGUUUGAGCAAGACUGCUUUUAUGAAUUCCCCAUUAAUUGCAGUCUGACUUCGUUAGCAGUGAUUUCUGAACUUCGCGAAGGUGUCACGUGCAUGCAUUUGCAAGAAUCAAGUGGCCGUCUUGUUACAGCUGGUUCUGAUCGCGUUCUUAUGAUUUGGGAUGUCAAGCAGUUGGUCUAA